AGGCCCCAGGCUCUUCAUCGCUCUCGUACCAGUAAGGAUGAAAUAGUAGUACCAUGCAUUAUGCCGAAUGGCAAAAAGAUCUUCUUGGUUAAUACUCCGGGAUUCGAUAAUACCUACCGGUCCGAUACGGACAUCCUUCGAGAGAUCGCAGACUGGCUCGCUCAAGCCCAUCAGUUCCGGGUCAGGUUUACUGGCAUUAUCUACCUGCACCGAAUUAUCGACGUUCGCAUUGGGCAUAAAGAACUUGCGCAUGUCCCACAAGCUCUGUGGUGAGCAGGGCCUUGGGAGCGUAGUUCUUGCGACUACAAUGUGGAGUCUCUGCCUGGCUGCCGAUGCAAGUAGACGAGAGGAUCAGCUCGUCUACCAGAACGACCUCUGGAUAUUCCUCGUCGGCUGCGGCCCGCGUGUUCCGGCAAGGCGAUGGUGCAGUCUCCGGGCAGAAGAUCAUAGACCAUCUCAUUAACAGAGCGCAGCCUGUAACGCUAGACAUCC